GCGGCGGGGAGGUCGCGUCUGGUGCCGGUCAGCGCUGGAAACUCUGUCGGGGAUGUGAAAUUCCAGGUCUUGUGUUUCAGAGGAGGGCAGUUGUAAGGCUGAAUACAGCCUGUGUGAUGCACAUCUGUUUGAUGAAGAAGGUGUUGCUUUCUCAUAGUCACUUUCCAAGAUUAGCUGGAUUGAAGAGUAAGAAAAAAUAUGACAGAAAAAGCAAGUGCAGAUGAUUUUCAAGUUCAGGAUUUUUUCAAGAAGAAGAGUAAGAAAAAACACAAAGAACACAAUAAGAAACAUGAAAAUGAUGAACGAGAAAGUAUACAAAAUGCAGAGCUUAGCCAUGCUUCUCCACUGCUGUUUGAAGAUCAAGCAGCACAGAGUGGUGAAGGCUGUAAGAAGAAGAAAAAACACAAAAACAAGCGGGAGAAGCAACAGUCUUCAUUAGAUAAUUCUUGUGUAGGACUGGAACAUGAAAUUAGUAAUGAAACUGGUGUGGAUGCUUCCCAAAACAAAAAGAAAAAGAAAAAAAAGAAGCGGAAGCGUAACGACAGCGCAGAUGAGCAAAGUGAGGUAACUUGUGUCACAGUAAAUCUGCACAGCGCUGAUAGUUGUCAGGAGAUCAAUGCUGACUACGUUUAUUUAAAACAAUCUGUUAAGAAGAAAAGAAAAGAUAAAUUGCCUGAAGAGGGUGAGGUGCACGAGCUGCCUACCGCAGAAACAUACGAUAAAAAUGACAAUAAAAGAUCAAAAAAGAAGAGGAAGAAGAAAAGAGGCAGUAGUACCCAAGACAUGCAGGAAGACACAGAUGUAGCCGUUGGCCAGUCACUGUUGUCAUCUCCCGAGCAAAACAGGCAAAGGGAAGACACAGUCUUGCCGUUACCUACAGAAGAGGGUGGUGCGGCAACGCCCCAGCAAUGGCACGAAGAUGGUGACCGUGAUGCUUCCCCUGCCGUGAGUGAAGAUUCGACGGAUGUACCUGCUAAUUUUUCUAAGCCGACUAAAGCAGCUGAUCCAUCUCCUCGAAAAACGCCGGUGCGUGCUAGAAAGGCAAAAAAAAGCAGCGCUUUUGUCAUGGAAGAAAGCUCUUCAGAAUCUGAUGUAAUGACACCGGAACCCUCGGCAUCAAAUAGAAAGAAGGACCAGAAUAGUUCCUUUACUGAAAUGGCAGCCUCUGAUGAGCUUAGUCUGGAUGAUGAAGAGUGCCUGGACUCUACCAUGUGUUUAAUCGUGGAUUUGGAUACUGCAAAACAAGAAUUGGAAGAGUUUAUUCCUCAUGUGAGGAAUAUAUCGGACAGUUCAAUCAGGAAGAUGGCUGGAAGAGACUUAGCGAGGUUUAAACAGUUUAAAAAACAAGGUAUUGCUGUCAAGUUUGGCAGAUUUUCCCAGAAGGAAAAUAAUCAAAUCCGGAAGAAUGUUGAAGAGUUCUUACUGAUUACUGGAAUAGACAGUGCUGAAAAACUCCUGUUUACCUCGAGGUAUCCAGAAGAUAAGGAAACUAUCAGUCGCCUAAAAGCAGAACAUCUUUUUUGUGAAAAACUUUCUGAGGGCAUACCACGACCCUGGAGGCUGAUCUAUUAUCGAGCAAGGAAGAUGUUUGACCCAAAUAAUUACAAAGGGAGGUAUACUAAGGAAGAAAAAGAAAAAUUAAAGAAGUACCAUGCUCUGCAUGGCAAUGAUUGGAAGAAGAUUUCUGAGAUGAUGUCCCGUUCUAACCUCUCAGUUGCUAUGAAAUACUCUGAAAUCAAAUCGGCUAUUAAUUAUGGCCCUUGGUCAAAGGAGGAGACCCAGAAGUUAAGGCGUGCAGUGGAGGAAGUGAUUAGGAAAAGAAUGGAAACGGAAAAUGCAAAUUCUCUUUCAUCAUCGGAAAAGUCACAUAGAGAGAUCUUGAUUGACUCUGAGAAACUGUACCAGAAAUUACCAUGGACUGAGAUUGAAGCUAAAGUGGGAACUCGAUAUUGGAGACAAUGUAAACAGAAAUGGACUACAAUUUUAACAAACAAGAUGACCAAAGGGCAGCAGUUAUAUAGGGGGACCAAAGGAUUACAGGCCAAGAUCAAUCUUAUUAAAAGAUUGUAUGAAAUGAAAGUGGAGGAUGCUAAUGAAGUAAACUGGGAAGAACUCAGUAACACUAUUGGAGAUGUCCCUAAAGCCUAUGUUCAAGCAAAAUUUUAUAAGCUAAAAGUCUCCUGUGUCCCUUUUUGGCAAAAAAAGACCUUUUCUGAAAUUAUUGAUUAUCUUUUUGAAAAGAAACUUCCAGAACUUGAAGAAAAGUUAGAAAAAAGGAAAGGGAAGCACCUUAGUUCUGACAAUUCAACAGCCAGGCAACAGAAGAAGGCUUUCCGACUCGGUGACAUUUUUGACUCCAGUGAAGAGAGUGUUUAACUGACUGCCUUAAAACCAGUUCCUAGUCUGCAUGUUUAACUGCAAAAUGGAUCUGGUUGCAAGUGGGUGCAGAUCAACAACUGCAGGUACACAGGCUAUCUAAUAAUGGAAAAAGUAGAGAUAUGCGUGUCUGAUUUUCUUGUUUCAUAUUGAAGACUGAGGUAAAUACAGUUUUUGUGCCACCUUUUGUUACCUUAAUUUAGCUCUGGUUUUAGAAGUCUUUUUUUAAGCAUCCAAGUUGCUUUCUGAAUGUCUCAAAACCAGUAUUUUUUCCACUGCUUUGUUUUCUAUGGCGUUGAAAGCUGCUGUUUACCCUUUGUGCAUGAACUUGAUUUUCAGAACUUUAAUGAAUUUUAAAUAAUUUUAAAAUAAAUUCAUGGAACUGAGAAAAGGCUUUCAAUUUGCUUUUAAAUCUCUAUAAUAAACAAAUCUUAAGACAUCUGUGUUGAUGGAAACAGCACAACUUUGAGUUCUUUUUUUUUUUAACAGAUAUCUUGUUCUUAAAAGCAACUGAUUUUUAUUUUUGAUGUAGAUUUAUACUUUUAUCAGCCCUUCUAGAGAAAAGGGAUUUGUCCAUUACUAUUCAAUUCAUAAAUUGUAAUGUCAUUUCAUGCUAACCAGAACAAUGCAUUUAAAAUGUUUUUGUUAAUAUUUGGAAUAGAGAGACAAAAUGGACAGUGUGUAUAUA